AUGAGUACCGGAAUAACAACUUCUAUAACGCCUCUUCCAGUUCGCCGAAGUCAAGACUUCUACAUCAGUGCAACUAUCAAUCGACAUUGUGAAAAUCUGUCAAUGACAACGGAUUGGACGAUAGCCAAUUGUACCGGUGGAUGUUCGUCGUGGAAGCCCUUGCCUGCUUCGAUUGUCAAGAGGUCCAAUGAAUUACUUGUACGUGCUAGAGCCCUGGAGUACGGUCUCUACGCAUUUAAUCUCACUGUAACGAUAGUGGAGACCACUCCAAUUCGUAAAUCAGAAAUAACUUAUGUCAUGGUCAAUCCGUCUGGAAUCACUGCUAAUCUGAUCAAACUUGGAACUUCUAUGGUUACUCAUGGCUUUCAACAUGAUCUGAUACUCGAUCCAGGUCAGUACUCUGGUGAUCCUGACGACGAAAACGACAAAUUGAACGCAACUGUAAGUCUACCUAUAUUAUAA